AUGACUACUGGCGCUCUACGCAGAGGGCUGAAUCCAGCUUUUUCCACAGAUUUACAUCACAUAGAUGGCCCACCUGUGUCAGCAGGGCGGCACCUGCAUGAUCCUAGUCUGUACAAGCUCGCCCCUUUGCACAACUAUUUGACAAGGGACAGUAUGCCAAAUAAAUUCAGGCACAGUAUAGCUAAUUCAGACCCUGCACGUCAUUCCGUUAACCAGACAAUGGAACUUCCUGGCCCAGACAAACACACAUGUGCUUUGGCAGGACAAAUUAUACCAUACUUCAGCAAGAUCCAGCCACCGCUGGAGUGUACUUCGCAUCGUGAUGGCAAUGCUCACGGAAGUCUUCCGCGGCCUACGUUAGUCGACGUUGCAGCUUAUAAACCAGCAACGCAGAACCUCAUGUCCUCGGCCCGGGACCGGACGAAGCCACAAGAUGAUCCGGUCCUGAACAUAUCACCCCAGUUACCGCUUCAUUGUCGCUCGAUUCUCAACUAUCCGCAAACUCCGUCAACUCCAAAUCUUCGGUGUGCAACGUCCGGAAAACUCAGUUCGUCGCCAUUAGAGCUGGUGGACCUGGGCCGUAACUCUGAGCCCGUGCCAAUAGCCCAUUACUCUUUAAACCACAAAGCGGGAUCUCAUAAUUCCAGAUGGAAUGAGCUGCACAUACACAGGGUAGAUGAUGCUACACGACAGCAGCAUACCGUAGUUGCGCCGUGCACGACUUUGCUGACAAUAAGGCAAUCCGAUAGGAAGCACUUUCAUCCGGUAGUUGUACCAGAAGCUACUGUUAGAUCAACGCCCUUCUUGCCAGAUUCAGGGAGUGCCACAGACGUCGCCUCAGACCAUCGUCAUUCCAUCUUACAUCCAUCUCCAAGCCACACCAUUCAACGAUCCGGCCGUACUGCAGACCUGCAUCUAAAGGAAGGCCUGGCAGGGGAGCGUUAUGCCAGAGGCAGAAGCUUGUUCAAUGGCACGAGAUAUCAGCAACAAAGGCCUCUCAAUGUCGAUAGAAGUGUUAAAACAUCCCGGGUGGCUGAUUCUGGGAGUAAAUUGAGGGUGCACGGGUUGAUGAAACGACACAAAUGUGCAUAUUGCGACAAAGAUUUCAAUAACAAAAACGAAGCAAAUCGCCACCAAAUUUCUGCCCACCUCCGACCCUGUUGGUGGUCAUGCUCUGCUCUGGCGGACGACUUCCAUGCAUUUCACGACUCCAUUACUCGUCCAGGCGAGGCCGAUGUAUGCAGCUAUUGUGGAAUUGAAUUUAAUCGUUCUGGGAAUUUCUUUGGUAAAAUUAAUCGAUACGCCACUGUGGCAGAUUGGGAAGGACGCAGUAAGCAUCUGAGAGAUGUUCAUAAAUUAGGCAAAUGCAACCCGAGCAAGAAAUUUUAUCGUCUGGAUCAUUUCCGACAACAUCUGAAACAUUCUCAUGCUGCUGUAUCCGGCAUUUGGACAACAGAUCUGGAAGCAAGAUGCCUGACAAAAAACAACUUGCAGAUGGAUUAG